GCUUUACCCUUUUCCCCCCUUUUCCCCUAUCAGCGGUUGCCCAAAUCUCUCUACUCUGCGUCUCUGCCCCUUGCUUUCACUCCCUUCGUUCCGGUGUCCUUCCACCAGUUCACGACCACCAAAACAUCACAAGUUUCCCGAACUCUUUUCUAAGGAAAUGCUUGAAGUCCAAUGAAGUAAUGGGCGACACGAAGAGAGAAGAUUGAAUGUCAGAACACUACGAAAUCAGCCGAAAAGGGGAAGCAGAAGAAGAACCCAGCGAAAAGGAGCAAGCUUUCUCUCAUUCCUAAUGUCCCCACCAAGGAAAGGAGCAAGCAACUUGCUUCUCCUGCUGCUGCUGGCGAUUCUGAGCUGCAGAUUCGCGGAAUCGGCCAUCGGGGUGAACUGGGGAACAGUGUCUUUUCACCGGCUGAAGCCGUCGACGGUGGUGGAUCUGUUGAAGGAGAACAAGAUUGGAAAGGUGAAGCUAUUUGAUGCGGACCCGGGUGCACUGGAAGCACUGAUGGGGAGUGGGAUUCAGGUCAUGGUGGGAAUUCCUAACGAGCUGCUCUCCACCAUUAGUUCUUCGGUUUCAGCUUCUGAUUUGUGGGUUCGCCAGAAUGUUUCUAGGUACAUGGUUAAAGGAGGUGCUGAUAUCAGAUAUAUAGCUGUGGGAAAUGAGCCAUUCCUCACGAGCUACUCUGGCCAAUUCCAAACAUAUGUCAUGCCUGCAUUGCUAAACCUCCAACAGUCUCUAACCAAGGCUAAUCUCGCUGGAUAUGUGAGGCUAGUCGUCCCUUGCAAUGCUGAUGCAUACGAGUCUCCUUCUCUCCCUUCCCAAGGAGCAUUCCGUCCAGAGCUCACUCAGAUCAUCACUCAACUUGUCUCUUUCCUCAACUCCAAUGGCGCUCCCUUUGUAGUCAACAUCUACCCAUUUCUCAGUCUCUACGGCAACUCAGAUUUCCCCCAAGACUAUGCUUUCUUCGAGGGGACCACCCAUGCUGUCACUGAUGGACCUAAUGUCUACACCAAUGCCUUUGAUGGCAACUUCGACACCUUAGUGUCGGCACUCACCAAACUCGGGUAUGGCCAAAUGCCUAUUGUCAUUGGAGAGGUAGGGUGGCCAAGUGAUGGAGCUCCUGGUGCAAAUCUCACUGCUGCAAAAGUAUUCAAUCAAGGGUUGAUCAACCAUGUUGUGGGAAACAAAGGUACCCCUCUUAGACCCGGUUCGCCUCCCAUGGAUGUCUAUAUCUUCGGUCUACUCGAUGAAGGUGCCAAGAGCGUGCUUCCUGGGAACUUCGAGAGGCACUGGGGGAUCUUCUCAUUCGAUGGUCAAGCUAAGUAUGCCUUGAAUCUAGGCCAGGGAAACAAGAAUCUGAAGAAUGCAGAGAAUGUUGAGUACCUUCCUUCGAGGUGGUGUGUGGUGGAUUCGUCGAAAGACUUGACUAAUGUGGCAAACCACAUGAGGAUCGCUUGUAGUGUUGCCGAUUGCACGACGCUGAACUAUGGAGGGUCGUGCAACGAGAUUGGGGUGAAGGGGAAUAUUUCCUACGCAUUUAAUAGUUUCUACCAGUUGAAGAUGCAGGACGAGAGGAGUUGUGAUUUUGACGGCCUUGGUAUGGUGACUUUCUUGGACCCUUCUGUUGGUGAGUGUAGGUUUCUUGUUGGUGUUACCGAGACCAAAGGUUCUUCAUCGUCGAAAUCAUCUUCGAGUUUUAUCGGGUCUCGUAGAUGGAUGAUAAGUAUUAUAGUAUUGUUCAUCUGGGCAGUCCAGUUGUUAAUGAUGUGAGAAACUAAGUUUUGUGAGUGGAUUUUGGUUGGUCCCCCUCUUACAGAACUUGGUAGCUAGAGAUAGGGAGAAGCGAGAAGGAUAAAAGGAGAGAACUUUAGUUUUAGUAGGUACAUAUAUUAACAUUAAAAAUGAUUGCAGGGUGUUACUAUAUUGAUAGUGCGAAUGUUCACUGUUGUAGGAAAAAGGAAAGGAGCAAACAUACUCAUUGUGUAUUCGAUGAAUUACUAUGCAUUGAAAUCAUUUUAGUGUUAGUUAUUUUUGUUCCUCUCAGGAAGCUGCUUUUACCAGUCUCCUUUCUACUCGAUGGAGGUACUUGUGGUGCUUGUUCCUCAUAUAGACUUCAGUGUCUCAUUCUUCCCAUUUAGGUUACUGUAUUACCUACGUGUAUGCUUAACGUACAAAUAUGCAAGACAGUCUUAGUAGG